GCGGCCACCCUAUGUACAUGUUAAAGUAAACCCGCGGGCGCCUCUUCCCUCUGUCAUAUAUCAUAUGACUACUAAUAAACUGUAUAAUAGUGCACAGAUGGAAAAGGAAGAUUUGGUUCUGGUUGGAUUUGUUGCUGCAGCACAUGCAUGGCAAUUAGGAGCGGCGGCGACGGAGGUUGCUGUCCUUAGAAGAAAACACAAGAUUUCCCCGCCGAUAACGGAUGGACCACCAGAUUUCAUACGAGCUCUCAGGGCGCAGCAAAACGGUUUGGAGUUUGGUGUGAUGUUUGAGGUAAUCCUAUGGACUGCCGGUAUAUUUGGACAUCAAGUACCUGCAGCGGCCCUAGGCUGUUACUAUCUGGUUGCUAGACAUUUUUACGUCAAGGGAUAUAUUCAAGACGCCGAGAAAAGAAAGGCGCCAUUUUAUCACAGCGUACGUGCAGUGAAGGGAUUACUUGCAGUGUCGUUGCUGGGCAUGGGAAAUAUCGUUCUGAGAAAUUACGCGAACGUAGACGUUGUAUCCAUGCUCAAAGUUAAAUUCUUCCCGGCUUGAUACCGGCUGAAAUUGCUACUACUAGUGCCAUCUACUGUCAAAUAUGACAAACAGUAUUUUUAAUGGGCUUGAACACGGCUGUCGUGACAACAGCGUUUUGGAUCAGAUUCAGAAUUGAUCAUGUUUGAAAUGAUAAAAUUGCGGUCAAUGUCUGUUAAUUUUGUGUAUUUUUUCAGAAUCAGUAGAUGCGUUUCCCAACUGGUAUUUGCAAAGGUUCCACAUUGCAUGCGGACACAGUAUUUUGUGUUGAUUAGCAUAGGAUAAAAGGGAUAUUUAAAAUAAAUUUUGAAGUAGCAUCAAAGUUACUUUUGUUAAUAAGCAUGCUUACAUUUAAGUCUACAAAAUGUCUACUGAUAUAUUUUUUAAUGUCUGAUUUCAAUAACUUUUAUGACAAAAUAUUUGUGAAAAUAUAAAAAAUAAUACUUAGUUGUUUUAGCAUUAUUGAUAGAACAUUCGUUUUGUACGAUUUUAAUUAAGUUAAGCAGAUAUGUGAAAAGAAUUAUAAGAUACAUUUAUCUCACAGUUGACAUGUGGAGAGUUCUCUACACAUUUAUCUAGAGCUGACAUGUAAAGAGUUCUCAACACAUUUAUCUCGCAGUUGACAUGUGAAGAAUUCACUACACAUUUAUCUCGCAGUUGACAUGUGAACAGUUUUCUACGACAUUUAUCUAGCAGUUGACAUAUGAAAAGAAUUCUACUACAUUUAUCUCACAGUUGACAUGUGAAGAGUUCUCUUUUAUCUAGCAGUUGACAUAUGAAAAGAAUUCUACUAUAUUUACCUCGCAGCUGACAUGUGAAAAUAAUUAUAAGUUACAUUUACCUCACAGCUGACAUGUGGAGAGUUCUCUACACAUUUAUCUCGCAGUUGACAUGUAAAGAGUUCUCUACACAUUUAUUUCGCAGUUGACAUGUGAAGAGUUCUCAACACAUUUAUCUCGCAGUUGACAUGUGAAGAGUUUUCUACGACAUUUAUCUAGCAGUUGACAUAUGAAAAGAAUUCUACUACAUUUACCUCGCAGCUGAUAUGUGAAAAUAAUUACAAGUUACAUUUACCUCACAGUUGACAUGUGGAGAAUUCUCUACACAUUUAUCUCGCAGUUGACAUGUAAAGAGUUCUCAACACAUUUAUCUCGCAGUUGACAUGUGGAGAAUUCUCUACACAUUUAUCUCGCAGUUGACAUGUAAAGAGUUCUCAACACAUUUAUCUCGCAGCUGACAUGUGGAGAGUUCUCUACACAUUUAUCUCGCAGUUGGCAUGUGAAAAGAAUUCUACUACAUUUACCUCGCAGUAGACAUGUGAAAAGAGUCUUAAGUUAACAUUUAUCUCGCAGUUAGCUUGUGAAAAGUUUUCUGCUAUGCUUACCUCGCAGGUAAUAUUUGAAUUGUAUUUUACAACAUGAUUUGUCUAAUAGCUGACAUCUGAUGUUAAUUAUAUAUGAAAUUCAAUGGUAAGCUAUUGAAAUGCUGCAUUGUGUAUACGUUUUAGAAAUAAAGAGAAAUAAUAUUCAUACCCGUAUACAAUAAAAUAAAAUACUUUUAAAAUGC